AUGCGACUUGUUCAGCUCCUGUCCGCGGCCACGGCCAUUGUGUGUAUCGCAGCUGGGUCUCCAGUCAACGAGAGGCGGGGGAAAGGGCUCCUACCUCGGACGAUAGAGAACGCAGCAACGCCGGUCGACUCGGCCGCCAAGCCCGCUGAAGCUGCCCCUGGCGAGACAGCCAGCGCUGGAGGAGAGGGAGCAGCAGCAGGGGGAGCAGCAGCAGGAGGAGCAGCAGCCGGCAACACGACCGUUGUGGUAGAGCAGGGCCAGACCCUCGGCGCGAUCGCGAAGCAAUUCGGUACCGGAAUCUGUGACAUCGCAAAGGCCAGCAACCUCGCCGACCCGAACCUCGUCGAGGUAGGCCAGACCCUCACGAUCCCUCCCCCGACCGCAACGCCGGACAACACAUCCUGCCUCCCGCCGCCGCCGCCGCCUGCCACGGAACGCUGCGUGCUCGGCGGGCCAGACCGCUUGACGAUCCCGUCGGACGGCAUCACGGUGGAGCAGGCCGCCAAGUUCCUCAACAUCACGCAGGACGCCUUCGUCGCCGCGAACCAGGCUGCCGUCCAGGGAAACAGCAGCGAGAAGCUGGGCGGGGGCACCGUGAUGCAGGUACCUGUGUGCCCUAACUCGCAGUGCACCAUCAGCCAGGGAACGGUGAAGCAGGGCGAUAUCUUCGAUAAGAUCGCAGCCGCCGCAGGGUCGACCACGGGUCAGAUCCUGGGCCUGAACCCGGGUAUCGACCGCUUCAACCUGGCUGUCGGCCAGACCUUCACUCUUCCGAGCAACUGCCAGAACGUCACUGCCGAAGCCGGAGCCGGAGGCAAUGCGACGGCUGCCGCACCAGCUGAGGUAGGGCAAGGCAAGGAGGCUGCUGUGAAGCGGUAA